AUGAGUCGCGUCGCGAUUCGUAACCACUGCUUCAAGAAACCAGCAGCAGCAGCAGCAGCAGCAGCAGCAGCAGCAGCAGCAGCAGCAGCAGCAGCAGCAGCAGCAGCAGCAGCAGCAGCAGCAGCAGCAGCAGCAGCAGCAGCAGCAGCAGCAGCAGCAGCAGCAGCAGCAGCAGCAGCAGCAGCAGCAGCAGCAGCAGCAGCAGCAGCAGCAGCAGCAGCAGCAGCAGCAGCAGCAGCAGCAGCAGCAGCAGCAGCAGCAGCAGCAGCAGCAGCAGCAGCAGCAGCAGCAGCAGCAGCAGCAGCAGCAGCAGCAGCAGCAGCAGCAGCAGCAGCAGCAGCAGCAGCAGCAGCAGCAGCAGCAGCAGCAGCAGCAGCAGCAGCAGCAGCAGCAGCAGCAGCAGCAGCAGCAGCAGCAGCAGCAGCAGCAGCAGCAGCAGCAGCAGCAGCAGCAGCAGCAGCAGCAGCAGCAGCAGCAGCAGCAGCAGCAGCAGCAGCAGCAGCAGCAGCAUUGAUCGCUACGCCAGGAGCAAAAGAUGCCGUAACCAAUUUCGUUGCUGCGCUCGGAUCAACUACCAGACUCGGAGUUCGUAUUGAUCGAUCUGAUACCGCGCUGGGAAUCAGUCUACUGCCCUGCGCGGUUGUAGCCAAAGACCCAGCGCGCCAAGCAGCCGCGGAGAGGCUCCGCCCAGCCCCGCGGGGGCACCGCGGCCGCGGGUAG